AUGAGGACGUUUUUCAGAAGUUAUACAGAUCCUGUAAGAAAAUGUAAAAGGUUUAGCGAUAUAAUAGAUCAACGAAGAGAAGAGGCUCAAAGGAGCCUUGUAGUUCAAGUCAACUCGGAGUCGUCAUUCAACGAACUGUAUGGUUAUUGCUCAAAAUAUGGGACUAUUAGAGACAUACACCACUAUAGGAAUUUUGAAAAGGAGCAUUUUAUGCUCAUCGAAUUUGAUACAGAGGAUAAUAUGCAGGAAGUUUUAAAAGCAUGUAGCUCUCAUCAAAAAGACAUGGAUGUUAUGGCAAUACAGUCACCAUUUCUUUGGUUUAGAGCAGCUGUGAACAAAAAAGAAAGACAUAAAGGGCCCAAUUCCAGAAGUCUAGCUACAAAGGAUGGGAUUCAACCCAUUGAUGAGGAAGUGCUUUAUGAGGAGUUGCUUAAUUGUGAAACAGUAUCCAAUCAAAUACAGCUUUUGUACGACAAGACAAAGUUAACUGACCUGGGUGUGAGACUUAGGUUUAUGGUGGCCAGGCAGCUUGAAUGCAUUUUCAAGAGUUUAUAUGCUAAUGUGGCAGUACAUCCUUUUGGUUCUUCUGUUAAUGGCUUUGGAAAAAUGGGAUGUGAUUUAGAUCUGGUUCUGACAAAUGUAUUAACAGAAGAAAUGAGCUCCGCCGGCCGCCGGCUGGUGUUCCAGGAGAAGCGAGUGGAGGGGGGGCUGCGGUCGGGCGCGCGCCAGCUGGAGCUGGUGGGGGCGCUGCUCGAGCUGCGCGUGCCGGGAGCGGCGCACGUGCGGCGGGUGCUCGCCGCGCGCGUGCCCAUUCUCAAGUGCACGCACGACCUCGCCGCGCUGCACUGCGACCUCUGCUGCACCAACACAUCUGGUCUCUACAUGUCGGAACUGCUGUGGCUGUACGGCUCUUUAGACCCGCGCGUGAGACCCCUCACGUUUGCGGUCCGCUGCUGGGCGAAGGCCGUGGGCCUAACAAACCAGCACCCGGGCAGAUGGAUCACCAACUUCCCGCUGACCCUGAUGGUGCUGUUCUUCUUGCAGCAGAAAAGGAAGAGUGGCUUUAUUUUGCCCUCGCUUAAGUUGCUAGUUAGCAAGUCCAGCAAGGAGGACGUCCGGAUAGCGGAGGAGAACAUCAACUGCACGUUCCUCCGCGACCCGAACAAGCUGCCUGCCGAUUCUUAUUCGCAGUGCGACGAUGACCUUGAAACGCUGCUGCUGCAGUUCUUCGAGUUCUACGCGCAGUUCGACUUCCAGGAGAGGGCGAUCUCGAUCAACGAGGGGGCACCGGUGAGGAAGCCAAACGCUCUCCCGCUCUACAUAGUGAACCCGUUGGAGCAGGCGUUGAACGUUAGCAGGAACGUGAGCUACGAGGAGUGCGAGAGGCUCAAGUUGGAAGUGAGGAACGCCGCCUGGCAACUGGAGGCGGGCCUGGAGGGCAAGAGGGGCAGAGAUUGGGGCCUGUUGGGCCUCAUCGAGCGGAAGGACUCUAGAGGUCUGAAGCAACUGCUGCGCGUCGGCAACUCGCACAGGCUGGUCUCGGUGAAGGAUCUGUUCAGAGACGACGACGACUUGCCCAGCGCGAAAACCUCACAGCAACCGCAGAACAGCAAAACCGAAACGGAAAAGAGCGAACCUGACUUGGAGAAGAGCGAGCUUGACAUCGAGAAGAGCGUGCAGCAGAUGCGGCAGUCCAUGGUGACCGUGGAUAGGAAGGAGCAGAAGACGAAAUUCAAGAACAGCCAAGUAGCGAGUGAGGUGUUUAGAAUAAGGAGGAACAAGAUUCUG